AUGGCCGGGAAAGCGGGUAGCUUGUGCCGGAACCGGCAGCUCCAGGGCGGGCUGCUGAGGCGGCAGGGGCAGAGACAGCACCACGCGGCAGUUCCAAACGGGCUGUCCCAGAGGCCGCUGCGCACCCAAGACGUGGGCAGCCAGUGGGAGUUACCGCGGCACCACACUGGGAGCGGCCGAACCGGCCGGGGGCGAGCCCCGCCGCCGCUGCUGGGUGAGGGGUUGGGGGGGGAAAUCGGGAGGUUGCUGGAGAGAGGGGCCGUAAGGGCAUCGUUGGAGCCGCAGUGCGGGUCUGCUCUGGCUCGCCGUGGGCGCCCGGAUGAGGCGCAGGCCUGUCCCGCCUCGGGCCUGCUCAAGAACCUUCCAUUUUCUGUGGACAACAAAUGGCGAUUACUUGUACUAAUGUGUGGAUUCUUUGGAAGUGGAUUUGUUGCCCCUUUCUUUAUAGUCAGACACCAGCUUCUGAAGAAAUGA